GCUGCAAGAAAUGUCCUACAGCACGAGAGGCUAUACCGUGGAGGCACAUGCCAUCGGCCCCCGCGGCGAAUAUUCCUCCACGCGUUGCGGGGGUCCCGAAGACGUGCCGCAGCCCUACGACGCGAGGAACACUUACAUUCCUGUCGGAGCGACAUCUGUUGUUCCCGUUUCCGCGAGCGACCGAUCCGCCGCCGAAUACACGACCCUCGAGCCCAUGUCGUACUCGUCGAACCAGCAACAGCAACUGCAGUACAUCAACACGGGAUACGUUUACAAUCCGGCCACGGGCUGCUACGAAAGUUCUGCCUAUCAGACCGUGUCAGCCUAUGGGGAUUCGAGAACUCAGACAGUUCAUCAUGCGACUGUCUCGUCCGUUUACGACGGGUCUUCGUUGCCUCCAUCAUCGAACGGAAGUUCCCCUUACAUGACAGCUUCCUACCAGCAGAACUCGGUGCAGUCGAGAACCUACGAACAGGCCGGAGCCAUGAUGGAGUACACUACUUGCACAACUGCUGCCACGAACCCGACGUACUCUAAUACCGCUGGCACCCUGCCAUCCGUGGUGCAAAUGGCACCAGUCGACGCCCCGACAGCCACUUACCACUUGCCACCGAUUCACGCUGGGUCCAAUCGCACCACUUCCGGACACACGCAGCAGCAAGCCGCUUCCGCGGCGUAUUCCGGACAUGAGCACGUCGUUGUUCCGGUCUCGGCGACGAAACGAUCUUCGCGACCUGACAGGUCCGAUUCCGGAAAUAGUCAGCAAUCGAGGAGUUCCUCCAGGUCAAGUGCUAGCCGUCGAGCCAGCACAGUUCGCCGGACAGGAGUGACGUGUGCCAAUUGCAGCACAAACACGACCACGCUUUGGAGACGGAAUAGCGAAGGAGAACCCGUUUGCAACGCCUGUGGGCUGUAUUUCAAGUUGCACAAUACACCUAGACCGCACACAAUGAAGAAGGAUAGCAUCCAAAAACGGAAACGGAAGCAGAGACCCACAAACGGAACGGGAAGUGGGAUCCCGAACAACUCGUCCCAAGCAACUCACCCAGUGAUUUCAAGCAGCUCUGCAACGAUUUCCUACGGAGGUGUGCCACAAACGACCUCGUUCACGGGUUAUUCGUCAACGAUGAGCAGAACCAGGGAUCGUUACUUAACGACCGGCGGCGGGUCUCAGGAGUUUUCUUACAAAACUCAACAGGAAAUCAGCCCUGCUUCGUCAUCAUGUCGAACUAGUGGAACGACGGUUUCGUCUGGACUGAAUUCCAUCACAUCUCCAGUUUCUACGGCAUUGCUCAAAUCAGAGGACGAUCAGUACUCUGUGGAAACCACUUGCAGCUUCUACACAACUGGUGCAGCACCUACGCUUUGGAGACGGAAUAGCGAAGGAGAACCCGUUUGCAACGCCUGUGGGCUGUAUUUCAAGUUGCACAAUGUGAGUUUUUGCCUUUGCCUUCGUCUCUGGGUGUUUGCCUUGCCCUUCACCCUAGGGCUUGUUGAGCAGGGUUCGUUGAGUGGGUCACUAAAGUUCGUCGAGACGUUCGAUUUCCUACGGAGGUGUGCCACAAACGACCUCGUUCACGGGUUUAAGCAGUUGCUACUCGUCUUGGUCCCUAGCAAUGAAUUGCUGGCCGCCGCCCAGAGUCCUCAAAAGAAUGUUUUGAAUGGACAACAAGCGCAGAUCGUGAUCGGGCCCGUGAUCCCGACGCAACCCCAAGCGCUGCCAUCUGUUCACAUGUACCAAGAUUCUGAACAAAUGGGAUCUAUAGAGGGCAGCAGCGUAGGUGUGGUGAACUCAGCGGACAUCGUGAAGCUGGAGGCAGACGUCACUGUUUCUCCGGCCUCAGUUCCGAUCAAGACCGAACCGGAACUGGACCUGAAAAUAACUCCCGCAUCCGCCUGAUGAUUCACCAUAGACGCGUUGAGUUCUUUCUGCGAUGACCACAUGAAUCUGAGCAGUGAAUCCGAUAUCAUCCCGGUUAUACUUGCAUGAACAUACAGUACGCUGAACUUAUAAUGCAGAAAUCCUAUAAAAAAUUGUAGGAAUAGAUUUUUCUUGUCUCCUUAAAUUCUGGGAAAGAACUUUAUUUCUUUCGCAUUCCUAAAUCAAGAAUGUCCGGAAAUUUAAGAAAUUCAGGAGAUUAAUCCGUCCUCUGAAAUUAAUAAAAUUUGCCGAAGUAUUUCUUGAAAAGAGGAAUUAUGCUUUUGUUGUCAUUUGCUAAGUGUUUGAUGAAGUCUUUGGCAGCUGGUAGAGGACUAUUUAAAUUAAAAAGCAAUUUUCAAUGCUUGAAUAAGUUUGGAUGGAACUAAAUCACCAAGGGGAUAAUCCAAUUCUGAAAAAGGAGGGCAUUUUUUAGAAGACCGAACCGAUGAACGUAAGAUCGACUGAUUUUUCAAAGCGUUUCAAUGAGCAGCAAAAUUUAAAAAUCCCUUGAAACAUUCCUCUGGAUGCAGUUUUGAUAUAAACCGUGUUGUUUCAUCGCUGUGCACAUAGAUUUACUGUAUCAUUAUCGAGGUGAAAAAAGAGUAUUUGCUUUUGUUGAAAAAAAA